ACGUGGAGUCGGUACAGCCUGUGUAGCUGUUGCUAGCUGGCCGAGCUAUGCUGCUGAGCAAUGACACACUGAUGUUGAAAUGCAAUUUCAACGGGGCACAGUGCUUCAUCAGCAAGGCUAGCUUGUUGGAGUGGAAAAAUAACUGGCUGCUAGCUAGGAAUCUGGAUAUCAUUAUUGUACAUCAGCUCUUAGUUUCCUGUGACGAUUAAAUAUUCCCUAAAAGAUAUAAGAAGAGGUGGCUAUUUGCAGUCAGGUCAACAGAGAGGUGUCAGAGCCCUUGAAUUUCUCAGUUUUGAUGCAGUACAGUGUACUUUGUGCAAGAUGACGGAAGAGGUCAUUGUCAUUGCCAAGUUUGACUAUAUGGCCCAGCAGGACCAGGAGCUGGAUAUCAAGAAAAAUGAGCGCCUCUGGCUCCUUGAUGACUCUAAGUCCUGGUGGAGGGUUCGAAAUGCCACCAACAAAACAGGCUUUGUGCCGUCCAACUACGUGGAGAGGAAGAACAGUGCCAGGAAAGCUUCGAUUGUCAAGAAUCUAAAAGACACGCUAGGAAUUGGGAAGGUAAAGAGCAGAAAGGGUGGAAUGAGAGACACAGCCUCCAAUGCCGACACGGACAUGUAUGCCGAUAAUGGCGAGCGGCUGUACGACCUCAACCUGCCCGCCCUGGUCAAGUUCAGCUACGCAGCGGAGCGUGAGGACGAGUUGUCUCUGGUGAAAGGCACACGGGUUGUGGUGAUGGAGAAAUGCAGCGACGGCUGGUGGCGUGGCAGCUACAACGGACAGUGUGGCUGGUUUCCCUCUAACUAUGUGACAGAGGACAUGGAUGGCAUGGCAGGAGGAGGGGGCACAGGUGGCUUUGGAGACCCAGCUGGAUCAUUAACAGAGAAGCUAGCAGCUGUGAUGAACAUCACUGCAAAUGGAAACAGAGUGCUGCACACGGUUCAGGCACUCUACCCUUUCAGCUCAGGCAAUGAUGAGGAGCUGAACUUUGAGAAGGGCGAGGUGAUGGAGGUCGUGGAGAAGCCUGAGAAUGACCCUGAGUGGUGGAAGUGCCGCAAAGCAGAUGGACAGCUGGGCUUGGUGCCUAAAAACUAUGUCACUGUGCUGGACUCCACCUCCCAUAAACCCACAGCAGGGCCUGCUGGGCCACCCACACCUGACUGUGACUACAUCUCGCCCUCAGGCAUUGGGCGCUUUGCGGGGAUGGAGUGGUACUACGGAAAGGUGACACGCCACCAGGCAGAGGUGGCCCUCAACCAGAGAGGCAUAGAGGGAGACUUCCUCAUCCGAGACAGCGAGUCUUCGCCGAAUGAUUUCUCCAUCUCCCUGAAGGCUCAGAGCAAGAACAAGCAUUUCAAAGUGCAGCUGAAGGAAAACCUUUACUGCAUUGGACAGCGCAAGUUCAACUCUAUGGAAGAGCUUGUUGAACACUACAAAAAGGCCCCCAUCUUCACGAGUGAGCAGGGCGACAAACUAUACCUGAUCAAGGCCCUUGCUGCUUCCUGAUCCCUCUGUGUCACCCAAACACACACUCCCACACAGACACACACCUCCGUGUUUUUAACUGCAUCCAUAUAUAUAUACACACACAAAGACACUUAGGCCAGAGCACACGCUAACAUUUAAAUUCCAAGCCUGAGGACUUAAUACACCAUCAAGACCAGAUUUGGUAGCAUUCCAAGAGGAUGUAUGGAAGCAAAAUCAUGGGACAGUCUUGGAGGAGUUGGGGAGGAAGAUGAAAAGACUAUGAACUCCUGAGAGCUAACUACAGACCUUUCCAUCACUAUUUUAAAUUAUCCAGAUAUGUUAGGUCAUAGGCGAUGCUAUGUAUUUCCAUCUUGGUAUCUAUUAGAGUUGCAUUUAGUUUCUUUUGUUAAUAUGUAAUAGCCAGUUGUUUAUUUCUCUGUCACGCAAGCCUUUUUUCUAAGUCUAGCGUAGAGGUCAUUUCAUCUUGUUCUUUACGGUUGUGGACACAGUAAUCCACAACCUCUGCUAACUGCUAAUCACAAAUAAAAAUCAAGUGACCAAAAUGUAUUUAUUGAGACAACUAGUAUCAUGGUUAUAGCGAGUGGGAUAUCGCAAUAGUGUUUCUCAAACUAGAAAUUCAACAAUUCCUUUUGUACAACAACUGCUCAUGACUUCACAAUCAAACUAGUGUCCUCACACCCUCACUGUAUCUCUGAAGAGAGGCAUGGACAGUUUAUUCAUGUGUCUGAAGGUGGUAUGAAAAGUUAAAAGGUAUUUUCUGUAAUAGUCUGGAGACUUCCACAGUGCAGCACAGACCCUCGCCCCAUGCUGGAGUGUCUCUGAUCCUCCUAGUGUUGCCAAAGCUGGGUCUGUGGAGCUGUAACAGGAAACAAAGAGCCAGUCCAGGCAGUCCAGAGGAUGUCACUUCCCCUGAAUUAGCCACUGCUGGAGGUAAUGGAGGAGUAAAAGGUCACCCAGGGGCUGUGUUUGUGUGGCUGCGGAGCAUAUACACGACUAGUCAAAUCUCUGGGCAAACUUUCCCACUCAGUUCAAUGGAAAAGUGUGUCCAAACUUUUGGCUAGUAGUGUACAUUGAGCUAAAGCACCCUCUUCCUCAAGGAGGCCAGAGGAUUUUCAGAAAACAGUGAUUUCAAACUGAAUACUGCUGAAAGAAAAGCAAACUGUUUUAAAUGCUUUAAUGUUUUGUUUGAUAUUUGGUCAUUUAUUUUCAUAUCUAAUGUCUACACUUAGAGCAAUUUUAAGUGUUGGUAAAGCCUGAGAAACACAGCUUGUUUUAACAAAUGUAUGGUCAAGGUCAACUUCAGUGCAUCUAAAUGUUUUCAGCAGAACACUUGGUUUAUAAUGGGCUCUAGUGAAUGAGUGGUCACUGAGGGAAUAUUGACCAAGUACUGUUUGAUUGCUGGGGGGCAGCUAGAACUGGUGCCUGCAACCAAAGCUGCAGCAGCUUUGGCUGACAGAGGGCCACUCUAGCAGUGGGCUCAGGGAGAUGAGGAUGAUGAUGAUUAGUUUUCCAGCCAUGGCCAGUUAGGCCCGAAUGCAGACAAUGAGAGUGGAAGAGGGAUUUCAGAGAGGAGAAAUGGAAAAAUGGAUCCUUACAAAAACAAAAGCAGUGAAUCAGGAUCUAUGGAGGAGACUUGGAAAAUCAGUCCCACUGGGUGAGAGUAUCUGGAAUACUGCUCCCAGUCAUAUUUGGGCGGGGGAAAAGAAUGGAGCUCAACGCUGAUGUAUCAUAGUGGAGAAUGAAAGGUUUUGGAUGGGAGUAUUUUAUUUAAGGUCUAGUAAGUUUAUGUGUGAAAAGUCAGUCAUGUCACAAAGAGCUGAAACGUGAACAUUUUCUCUUCUCCUUUCACCAGGCGAUUGUCGGAGCUGUUCAUACUAGAACUGUGUGACAGUGAGAUUUCUCUUUAAACCAUAAAUUAUCAACAUUGAAACAAUUACCUUUACAUUUGAUUUAUGCAGGAUUAAAAUGGCAUGGUCUAAGUUUAAACCCAUAGUACCAGGCGAUCUGCAAUUAUCUGUAUUAUACAAACAGUUUUUAGAAAAGGCAGCAUUCCAGAAUGAAAGCCUCUGUUAGGCUCAAACAGAUUUCUGACUACAUCUGAGUGUAAAUCACAGCAUCUUUAUCAUGUGAUUUGAGUAACUUGUUGACUCUUAGGUACCAAAUCUGUAAAGAUUUAUUUAAACUUCACACAUUACCAUUAUUUCAGUGUGUGCAGGAUAUUAGUGCCUGUACUUUGACUUUAUCUGGCUGCAUCACUUAAAUAUAAAUUUGAGUUGUAGGAUCCUGUUGCAUGUUGCACCAAAUCCCUGGCUGUUGAAUUUGUGCCAUGUUCUUUUUAAACACUUUACGUGAGACAGUGUUUGCCUGCAGUCUAUCAACUGCUUCCAGUUUUUUAUGUCUUCUGAAAUUUCUUCCCUGAGUUCAGUUCUACAAAAUCUGCAAUAUUACGCAGAAUGCAAGUGACAAACACCAAUGCAAAGUGCCCUAUUUUGAGGGAUUUAGGAGAUUUUAAUGUGCCUUCUAAGCUUUCUGUCAACCAAAGGUUUAGUGUUCCUUUUUUUUUUUUUUUUAUCCAGUUCUUCCCACUUCUUGUCAUCACUGUGUACUAUUUGGUUAAAACUUUGCAUGUGCGUUAGUUGGGUCUGAAUAGUGGGCGAUGUGUUGGGGCUUAUAAAAACACCUUUACUGAGGUGGGAUUGUCCUUUAGUGCCCUUUCUGUUGCUGAAAAUGUCAGUUUUUUUGUGAUGCAUAAAAUGCCCAUUAGUUGGUAUUGUGUGUAGUUUCAAAGUGACCUUACCCUAGCUGAUCUCAUCGAGUAUAACUUAAGUGAACAGUGAUACAUGUACAGUAUAAAAUACGUGCUGAUGUUCAUUUAGAAACCUAACCCCAGGUGUGAUGUAAUCAUGACCUAAAUCUCAUGUAUGAUCACCUCAAGUAACGGUAUCACAUGUUGUUGGUGUAAAGAAUGUCAUGGUUUCCAAGGGAAUAGUUCUUAUGUCCGUAUGUAUUUCACAUAGUGUAAGACACUCACCUUUGCAGUUUAGCAGCUAAAGUGUUAAAAAAAAAAUCCUCAAUACGUUUGACUUUAUAUUCCGAUACAGAAAUACAGUAUCUCCCUGCUUAGAUAUUAACUGGGAUUUGUUUCAUUUACACCAGUGGAGGCUGCAUGAGUAGAGCCUUCUGGUUUUAAAUCUGCUUAAAAAGACACUGAAGUCAGUUGUGACAGAUAUUAUCAAGAGAUUGACUAUCUAAUCAUUUUUUAUGAUCAAGAACUACAGCGCAGCAGGAACUGUUUCUCGACUACAAAACAAGCCCAAGUGAAUCUUGACAUUUAAAAGAUUUCUUGAUAAUAUUUAGAGCAAAUGGUCCAUGUUUAGCUUUGGUGCUUUUGUACUGCAUAUAUUUCUCUGGUGUCUUUGUCACACAAGACUUGAUCUGUAUGAGAGACAGUGUAGAAAACAGGUGUAUAAUGAUACAGGCAGUGCUGUGAAGGUUUGUCACGUUCUUAAUUCUUCACGGAAGGGAGAUUGUCUUCAGAUGUAAUAAUUUAGAAGUUUAUUAGUGUUCAAAAGAUGUAAUAAACAGUCUGAAAGUGA